CUCAACGUUAAACCGGAGACAGUCCUUGCCUUACCUUCUAAACUAAUUCAACUUGAUGUCUUUGUGAUGGCAAACGCAGCUCAAGUGCAGACGACUGAAAAUGCAUUCAGUAGUGACAGUGAAGAGGGCUCUGAAACGGAGUGUUACGGGACACGUAUCAACCGUCUCGAUGCUGCCGAAAGACAGGAAUUGAGGGACAGGGGCAUUGUUGUGAGAGAGGGUGCAUGGACAGGGCUGGAAGACGAGAGGCUGAAAAAAAAUAUGCGCCACAUAUGCAAGAAAUAUGGUAUAGAUGAUCCCAGAAAGUUGAUCUUUGCAGAUGAUUAUCCUGAUGAAGCCAAGGAGAUAAGAAAGCUGUUUGAUGAAGAGCUGAUACACAUGAAGCUCAGAAAAGGAAUCCAACGUCCUGUUUAUAAUGUCUACAUCAGAGCAAGGAAGAUCUUUGAUCCUCAAAAUUAUCUCGGCAGGUUUUCUAAUGAGGAGGUUCACAGGAUGAAGAACCUAGCCAUGAGGAUGGGAACCAGAUGGAGUCAGAUAGCCAAGAAGAUGGGACGCAGUGGGAGGUCACUCUGCGACAGAUUCAAGAUCUCAGGAAAUGGAAAUUCUGGUUUCUGGUCGGAUGAGGAGAGGGAGAGACUGGUGAGAGUGGUCAAGGAAUUGUCCGGUUUCAACCAAGACCACGACGUUGAGAAGCUUUUCUUCAACAUCCCAUGGGUCAAGGUCGGGGACGCCAUGGAAACCAGGAAUGUUCAUCAGUGCAGGAUGGAAUGGAUUCACAUUGUAUCAUGGGUUGCUGCUGACUACCAAACUCGCUAUACCUCAAAGGGGCGCUGGAAUGUAGAGGAUAACAUCAGGCUUAUAGAGAAGGUAUACAACAUGGAUAUCCAUGAUGAACAAGAUAUAGAUUGGAUGGCUUUACUGGAUGACUUUCCAAGGGUACCAUCCCCUCAGAAGCUUACCUAUUACUGGUACAGACUCAAAGUGAAAUAUGUGCACAAUUACAGGUUCAAGACUUAUGAGGAUAUUGUCUGCCAUCUUCACGACACUAAAUUGCCAGAACUGAGGGAGAAACUGAACCAGCGUGGGCAGAAGAUCGUCUCGAGGGAGAUCGUGGACGAAGAAAGCGACUCAGGAGGUGAUGAGACACAAGCUGUAAACGAGAGGAAUGUUGGUCAGAGUGAUGGUGUAUCCAUGACAACCAGCAGAGGAAUAUCAAAUGAAUCUCGCACUGAAAGAGCGAAUGAGCAAGGGCAGGAGGGUGAAGAUACAGAAGAGGGCAGACACAAUGGACAUGAUGAAAUGGAAAGUGAAGAAAGGAAUGACAGACGGAGAACAAAAAAGAGAAAGAAGAGAGCGAGAAAUGAACAUGAAACACACAAUGAAGGAGAUAGCAAUGUAGAAAACAGGAUACCUGGUCGUAUUCCAAAGAAAAUAAGGAUUGAAAAGGUUGUAAUUGAUAACAGUUUGGAGGAAGAAGAGAGGAUAACGGACACAAGGAAGGAGAAGAAAAAGAAGAAGAAAAAGAAGAAGAAGAGGCUUUCUGAUAGUGAAAUACCAGGUUGAAAAUAUUCAUGCAAUACUUAUGAAAAGGAGUGAUGAAUUAGAUUCUCCUGGUAGAGAGGCGAGGAGAAUGAGAGAGAUGCAUAGAUGAUGAUGUAAUCAGAUUUACACAACUGAUAAAGACCAAAGGAGCAGCUCUAUAGUAAAGGGGAUUUAAUAGAUUCCUGAGAGCUUACAAACACCAAUGAAUAUGGCUGCUCCUUUUCACAAAAGGGAAUUUGACUUGAAUCUCGGCAUCAAACACAAAGCGACUAUUUAUCAAGAGGAUAUAUCAGUCAAAUAUACCAACCUGUGUUAAACUUAUUUGACUGAUGAACUUGGCUUUUCAAAGUAUCAUCCAGCUUUUAUCUUCAGAUCAUUAACAAAAUAUAUCCUCAUCUUUUACAGUCUUGUGUGUUUAAUAUUUAUUGUGUUUCAAAAUUAGGUUUAACAUUAUACUGUUACAUUGAUGAUGAUGAAGAUUAUUAUUUUCAUUAUCAUCAUCACCAUUAUUAUUUUAUUUUGUCAAAUUAAUGUGAAAUAAUAUUACAGGCACAAAAUUUAACUGGAGUAAAAUCACUGUUGCCCUAUUCAGCUCUACAGUACAGGUAAUUAAAUCAGUAAAUAAUGUUUUUCUUUUCAAAUGCAAUCUUAUUUCAAUUAUCUCUGUACAGCAGCUCUUCAUAUCCAGUUGACCGUAUUGCAAUAAAGUGAUAAAUCUCAUC